UGCCUCCGGCUCUGCGUUCACCUACUGCCCAAGCUUCCUGCUCCUGCCCCAGGACCCCCAGCGGGACCCCUGUCCAUCCCAGACUCAGCCCCAGCCCAGACAGCGAGCAACGCCACCAGGGGGCGCCGUGUGAGCGCCCUAUCUUGGCCACCCGGCGCCCCCUCCCACGGCCCAGGCGGGACGGGACGGGGGCGCCGGGGGCCAUGCGGGGCCAGGGCCGCAAGGAGAGUUUAUCCGAUUCCCGAGACCUGGACGGAUCUUAUGACCAGCUCACAGGCCACCCUCCAGGGCCCACUAAAAAAGCGCUGAAGCAGCGGUUCCUCAAGCUGCUGCCUUGCUGCGGGCCCCAGGCCCUGCCCUCAGUCAGUGAAACAUUAGCAGUCCCAGCCUCCCUCCGCCCCCACAGACCCCGCCCGCUGGACCCAGACAGCGUGGAGGAUGAGUUCGAACUGUCCACGGUGUGUCACCGGCCAGAGGGUCUGGAGCAGCUGCAGGAGCAAACCAAGUUCACGCGCAAGGAACUGCAAGUCCUGUACCGGGGCUUCAAGAAUGAAUGUCCCAGCGGAAUUGUCAAUGAGGAGAACUUCAAGCAGAUUUACUCUCAGUUCUUUCCUCAAGGAGACUCCAGCACAUAUGCCACUUUUCUCUUCAAUGCCUUUGACACCAAUCAUGAUGGCUCUGUCAGUUUUGAGGACUUUGUGGCUGGUUUGUCGGUGAUUCUUCGGGGAACCAUAGAUGACAGACUAAACUGGGCCUUCAACUUGUAUGACCUCAACAAGGAUGGCUGCAUCACCAAGGAGGAAAUGCUUGAUAUCAUGAAAUCCAUCUAUGACAUGAUGGGCAAGUAUACGUAUCCUGCACUCCGAGAGGAGGCCCCAAGGGAGCACGUGGAGAGCUUCUUCCAGAAGAUGGACAGGAACAAGGAUGGCGUGGUGACCAUUGAGGAAUUCAUUGAGUCUUGCCAAAAGGACGAGAACAUCAUGAGGUCCAUGCAGCUCUUUGACAAUGUCAUCUAGCUCCCCAGGAAAGGGGGUCAGUUGUCCUGGGGGGACCAUACUCUAGCUCUAGUCCAGGUGGAACUCACCCUUCUCUUCCCAGGUCUGUCCUCAUCCUAGCCCUGCCCUGGGGGCUGUAGGAAUCUAAGAGCCUGGGGAUUCAGUGGUCCAGAUUGCUGGAGCUAAAGGGGCCAGGGCAUGGGCAGAGUGUAUCUGUGGGGUGUUCCCAACUCCCAACAGCUCCCACCCCCUUCCUGCCUGACACUCAGUGCUGAGGAUGCCCCUGCUAUAGGAAAUAAAUGGUUCUCCACCUUCCAUUCCCACUCUAGAAACUACAACACUAGACAAAGUGUCUCCUGCUAUGGUGCUUUCCUUAUCCCUGAUCUCAUAUGCAUUUCCUCUAAGAUUUCCUUCUCAGAGAGUCUGCUCUGUCCUCCACACUGACUGACCUUUUAGACCAGGACCUUUGAGAGCCUUGUAGGAGGAGGAAAAGAAUGUAGGGAGAGAAAUCUUAGGCCUGAGCCUGGUGGUUAGGUCAUAGGAGGCUGGGGUAAAAUGCAGAAAGGCCUAGUGCUUGUCAGUGACAGCUCAGGCAUGCCAGACUAUAGCUCUGAGCCCCAUAGGUCUGCCAACCCAGGCUAUCAGAAUAUGAAUUCCAGGCUCUUUGGAAGACUCUGUCUCCUUGGAAAUGCCCCAGAAAUGUCCGUACUUUCCUCAGUAUUCCAAGAGAGCCUGAGAUCCUGAUGUCUGGCUCAUGCCUCAAACUCCUUCCUCUCCUUCCUUCCUGUUUGUAUGGGUGGUGGCAGCAGCAGGGGAAUAUGAGUGGGAGAUCUCCCAGCUGAUACCUGCCAAAGCUUCAGCCUACCCUCUCUGAUGGCUACAACUUAAGUUUUCAUUUACCAUUUCUUCUAGACUUGGAGGCAUGGAGUGAGUCAGGGACCAUCCAGUGGCUGCCUUAGAAGAAAGGGGAAGGAGGGAAGUGGGCAUAGCAUCUGAACCCAGUGUGGGGGCAUUCACUAGAAUCUUUGAUCUGCCCAGGCUCUAUCCCAACCCCCCACAUAGCCUCUUCAAUUCCUAUAUAGGGUCUCUUCUUACUCUAUUCAAUCUACCCAGAGAUGCCCCUGUACACACUUAGAAGGCAGGGACUACUCUUGCCAUGCUGCCACCCUUUAAUAUACCUGCUCGUUCUGUUUAGCUCACCCUCCCAGUCAGUCAGGAUCUGAGGG